AUGAAAAGAUAAAUAUUAAAUGAACAUUUACAAAUGAAAAAGAAUAGAAGUUGUUAAAUUUCUAAAUCAUUUCAAAAUGAAUUUUCACUUGAAAGAAAACAAAGUAUUUCAUAGAACAAAAAGAAUCCUGAUAAAUUAGGUUCAAUGUAAAUUGUUGAGAUGUGGUCUAAAAAAAUGAAAAAACAAUGUGAUAGUUAUUUAGAGGUACUUAAACAUAAAUAAGAACAAGAGAUGUAUUAUAAUAUUUAAUAGUUUCAAAAGCAAAAAGUUGAAUCAUGUUCCCCCUAUUAUGUUAAAGAACAUAGACGUAAUGAAACGUAGUGAUAAAACUACUCUUCCAAGAUCAAGGAUUACAUCUUUCAACUAACAUGACUUUAAUUAAAGAUCCAUUAAGGAAGUCAUUCAAAAGAAUGAUGAAUAAAUUGGAACUUCAAUUUUAAGUAUUAGUAACUCUGGUAGGUCAAUGGCCUAACCAUUUUUUUUUUAAAGGCUUAAACUAUCUUCAAUUCGAGAAGUAAAAAAUUGUAUUGACUAAUGUGAUACACUUCUCCAGGAUGUUUAAAGUAUUAGUAAGUAAAUGAUAUAAAUUACAAUAGGGAGUUUUAUUAGCCUAAACCAGAUAGGUUUAAAUUGUAUGUCUAAAAAAGACAAAAAGAGAAACUAAAAGAAUUGUUUUUAUUAAAAAGAUUAUAGUGA